GCUUCAUUACUUCAAUCUCUUCUUCCUUGUUGCCUCUCUCGCAUUUUCUACAGCCUUUUUGCUUCCAGAGCUCCGCGGAGAGCAGCGAUCAGUAGUAGCCAUGGCUGAGCAAACUGAGAAAGCUUUUCUCAAGCAACCCAAGGUCUUCCUAAGCUCGAAGAAAUCUGGCAAAGGAAAGAGACCUGGAAAGGGUGGGAACCGUUUCUGGAAGAACAUUGGUUUGGGUUUCAAGACUCCUCGUGAAGCCAUUGAAGGAGCUUACAUUGACAGGAAAUGUCCAUUCACUGGAACUGUUUCCGUAAGAGGACGUAUCUUAGCUGGUACUUGCCACAGCGCCAAGAUGCAGAGGACCAUCAUUGUCCGUAGGAAUUACCUCCACUUUGUGAAGAAGUAUCAACGAUAUGAGAAGAGACAUUCCAAUAUCCCUGCCCAUGUCUCACCGUGCUUCCGUGUCAAGGAAGGUGAUCAUGUCAUCAUUGGCCAAUGCAGGCCGUUGUCUAAGACUGUCAGGUUCAAUGUGCUGAAGGUGAUCCCAGCGGGUGCAUCCGCCUUUGGAAAGAAGGCUUUCACUGGAGUCUAGGAAAUUUGAAAGUCUGGAGAUUUUGGUUUGAUUUUGAUUUUGGAAUGUUUUUAUGUUUUGUUUGAUGAUCACCUUUUGUUGGAGACUUUGAUUAUCGCAGACGAGAAUACAAGUCUACGCACUUUCAUCCAACUAAAUCUUCUACAUUCAACUCGUGAAAUUUGUUAACUCCCCUAA